UUUCAUUUUCAUUUUCAUUUUAUUUUCCUCAUUAUUCUUUGUCCCGUCAUGUUGAGACAUUCACUUACCCGCGCUGCAAGAGCGAUGUGCAGUAUCCCUAUUGGUACUUCCAAUGCUUCUGUCCGAUCAGCCGUCUUUUCCCAUAAUGUUGCUUUCAAUGGUAUCCGAGCUAUUCACAGUAGUCCAGUCCGGUUCGAGUCUUCGUUCUCCACUAAUUCUUUAGAUGUCUUGCCCAAGGUUGACUUGACUGCCAACUCAACCUCCAAUAUCACCAUCACACCGCCCCAGGGAUCGGCUUUUCAUCGUCCUCGACAAUUCACAACAACUCUGAACCCGAUUUGGCUUCGUGACAAUUGCCCUUGCCCUGAAUGUAUUCACCCCUCUACCCGUCAAAAGCUGCAUGCAUCUUCUCAAGUCCCCCUGGAUAUGGCUCCUGCUUCCCAUAGAGUCCUUCCAGAAGGGUUGGAGGUGACAUGGUCCAAAGGAUUGGAUGAUGUAGGUGAUUGGGAAGAGCCUGCAAAGGCUCAACCUGGCCAUAAAUCACUAUACCCCUGGGAUAUGAUCCUGGGAUCCUAUGGCGGAACGCCAACAGAGCACCGAGCAACAACACGCAUGAAUCAUAAACCUAUUUUAUGGGACAAGAAAAUGAUGGAGGAGAAAGUCCUUUGGUUGAACUAUGAAGAGUACAUGAAUACGCCAGAGGGCCUAUACAAGGGACUAAGACAUCUACAGGACUAUGGUUUGUUUUUUCUAAAGGGUAUGCCCACUAAGGAUGAUGAGGUUGCAACUGCAGCAGAAAGAAUUGGACAUUUGAGACAUACAUUCUACGGCAGAACUUGGGAUGUCAAAAGCGUGCCUAAUGCCAAGAAUGUUGCUUACACAAACCUCAACCUUGGCCUUCACAUGGACCUCUUGUACUUGGAAGCCCCACCAGGCCUUCAAUUGCUCCACAGUCUUGAGAACAGUGUCCCUGGAGGGACCAGUAUCUUCAUGGACUCCUUCAAGGCUGUUGAGCUUUUAAAGAAGGAAUAUCCAGAGGACUAUGAGAUCCUCACAAAGAUCCCCAACACUUUUCACUAUCGUAAUGCAGAUCAUCAUCUUCAUUACAACCGAACUACCAUUGUAGUCGAUCCUUUGAAUGAUUCCCUUACUGUCAAUUACUCUCCUCCUUUCCAGGGUCCUCUUGAAUUGCCUGCUGAGCAAAUGGCUACUUUCUACAGGGCUCUGAAACGUUUUGCUAGUUAUAUUGAGCAACCCGAUCUGCAAUUCCGACACACGAUGCGACCUGGCGAAUGCAUGGUCUUUGCGAAUCGCCGUGUGUUGCAUGCCAGAACCGCCUUCGAUCCUUCCAAAGGAAGCAGGCAUCUGAAAGGCUGUUACGUCGAUUUGGAUAUGUUCAAGGAUAAAUACAGAACAGUCAUGGCCGCUAAGGAGGAAGGAAAGUUUUGAAGCAAUCCAACAUCAUGCAUUCGCUCCCACAAACAUAC